CUUCAUCAUGCUGCUGCUUCUUCGUGUGCUGAUGCUGUCGCUUCUCUCCGGUGGUUCAGCCAAAGUUGUGCAGAAUUUUGAGAGUGGCUGUGGUAAAUUUUUUGCAAAUGGAAAAUCACCAACAAUAUUACCUGGUCCACAAUACAGGCAGAUCUGCCAAACUCUAAAUAAUGAUGUUUAUUAUGCCACAUUCUAUGACACUGACAACAAGAUCCCCGUGUACUCAGCCUACAAGUUUGAAGGACUAAAGAGCUGCACAAGACUAGACAAGUGGUACAUUGAACCUCAACUUGACGACAAUAAUGCAUCACCAAACAUGAAAUUCGAGAAAGAUGUGAAAAUACAAGGACUUGGAGGCCGUCAAGCUCUCAAUGGAGACUAUGAGAAUUCUCGUUACGACAAAGGUCAUCUGGCACCAGUCUACCAGGCACAAUCACAGAGCUGUGCUUAUGCCACCUUCACUCUCACCAAUGCUGCUCCACAAAACCCCUCUUUUAACCGAGGUCAGUGGAAGGUACUAGAAAAAAAAAUUGCAGAAGAACUGUCCUAUCAAUGUCUACCAAAAAGAUAUACUGUUUACAUUGUGACAGGGGUGGUACCUGGUACUGAUGUUUGUCUGUAA